UAUGUGGCUCUCAGGCAGUUCAAAAUGUUUUCCAUAUUAGUUCAGAGCCCUCUUUGAUUCCAAAUAGCUGCAGCCGAGCAGGCUGGCUCGGAGAGGAGCCCCCGGCAGGGAGGGGAGGAGUAGGGCAGGGCAGAGGGGUGGUAAACAGUACGGAGGGCCAGUCAGGGAAAAGAGAGAAGAAGGAAAACUGGAGACAAAAAGAGGAAAAGGGGUGAAGAGAAGAAAGAGGUAAAGAAACAGAAAAUUCUAGGUUUGAAGAAAGACUAAGCCAUUGUGCUUGAGUAAGGAGGAAGCAUGGGGUCAGACAAGAGUCCAGUGGGGUCUAGUGGAGGGCAGAAGAAGGCCAAGCCUGAUCGAGGAGGCCCAGACGCCGAGGGAAGCCACAAAUGCUGUGGCUGCCGCUUCCCACUGCUCAUCGCCCUGCUACAGCUGCUACUGGGCAUCACCAUCACAGUCAUGGCCUUCCUCAUGACCACCAUCAGCCCCUCUCUGCUGGCCAGGGAGACACCCCAUUGGGCUGGAAUCAUUUUGUGCGUUGUAUCUCUCCUGGGCUUUGUGCUCUAUUUCAUCACCUAUUUGCCUGAUGAGAGGACCUACACACAAUUCAUCAUAAAGCUCGUGUAUUUCCUCCUGUGUUCAGUGGGCCUAGUCAUCUCCAUUAUAGUCAUCGCCUUCCAGGGCCACCACUACUCUUUAACCAAUGGCUUCAUAUGCAGGGAGAUAGGCCAGGAUUGUAUCUGCACACUGGAGCCAGAGGACCCCAUUGCACGCACCUUCACCUACGCCGAGGUGACAGACUGCACUGCCGUCACAAGCACUCUCAUGCUGUACUACCUUCUGCAGAUGGUGUUGAACCUAGCUCAGGCCAUCAUCUGCUUGCUAGGAGCUUUCAUCAUGUGGAAGCACCGCUAUCAGGUGUUCUUCGUGGGCUUGCAGAAGAGUUCACCCUCUACUCAGCAAUGGCAGAAAGUUUAAGAGACGGGCAGUGACAGAGGCUUAGCACUGGGAGAAGGGACAAAAAGUUCUCCUGGGAGCAAAACAUAUGGAGUAGUUGAGUGUGUUAUGUGUUGAGGGAAUGUCCAGAAUUUCCCACAGCAUGUCUAUUUGUGUAAGUGUACAGCUGAAGAUGCAUGGCGUGGCAGUAGCAUACUCUACUGUGGUGGCAAAUUACAGUCCUUUUUAGGGCUCCUGUAUUUUUCUGUAUUGGCAUCUGGACAUUUCCACUAAUAUAAAUGUAUACUUGCUUUCACCAGUGUCAAGAAGGAUAUUCUUAUCUAACAGGCUGUAUAUGUGAUCCAACAGGACAGCUGUCAUUCUGGGAGAGCUACAUAUUCACUCUGUUUGCAUAGGAUUUGCAUAUCAAACUGAUGGCCUUAAUAGAUAGCAGUUAUAUGACAAAUCCCCACUGUUACCUUCUCAACGAAAAAGCACUGAUAAGUGUUUUAUGUCUGAAUACGUCAUUUUUAAUCUGCUUGUUUCCUUAAGGCAGUGGUGCUCAAAAAGAGGUCAGUGAUGUAUUGCCAGAGGAUCCUCCGUUUUAUGUCAAUGUGUGAUCAUGGUAGAGAUCACUGUCAAAUUGUUAUAGUUAGUUACUCUUUUUAUAGUUAUUAUUGAUUUAUUAGCCUAAGUAAAAUGUCACCUGAAUUAAAUGGUUACUCAAAACACACUAAUGUAUGUUUUUUUUAAAUUAUUAUUAUUAUUAUUUAAAUUUUUAGGAAGUUGUCCAUUUCAUAUUCCAAAACUAAUCCAAAGUUAAUGGUCAGCUUGAAUCUAACCUCAGUUUUAAUAAAACAUGUGGCUUACGUGCUGUUUAUACAGUAUAUUACAGCAUCUUGAAUCAUUUUAACACAACAAAUGAGACAGAUUGCAACUAUUUCGAGAGCCCCUGACUUAAAGUAGGUUAAAUAUUGCAAUAUUAAUACUGUAUCUUGGUUGAUUAUGUCCUGAUAUUGCAGUGUAUAAUCACAAUGCAGCUGCCCUUUAUAUUGUUUUAUAUGUUACAAUCUGAUAAAUAUAACAUUGUUUUAUUGA